AGAAAUUCGUAGGAAGGUGGACUUCUCCCCACACAUCAUCCUAACCUGGUUCGUAACAUGGAUGUGGCUGACUGGUCCCCGAGUCCCUGGGGGCAGGAAGAAGGAAGACUCGAGGGGGACACCAAGUUAGGGACUUGAGGACCUGGUUGCAAGGUAAGAGCGUCCAGCAACAGAUCCCUGGUGAUGUAUUUGGCACCUGCCGUGGAGCACGAACAGGCCCGGGGAAGCCUGGAUGCUUUUUGCCACUCUGAUGGCAAAUGAUGAGACCAGCGACCAUGGAUUUUAGCACCCCUUCUGUGUUUGAUCAGCAAAAAGGUGACUCAUCAGAGGAAGUGGACCUGUCCAUGGUGUAUCAGGCAGCAUCCCACGGGGAUGUCAAUGCUCUGACAGCAGUGAUUCGGGAAGACCCUUCCAUCCUGGAAUGCUGUGACAGUGAAGGAUGCACACCCUUGAUGCAUGCGGUUUCUGGACGUCAAGUGGACACAGUGAAGCUGCUGUUGAAGAUGGGAGCCAAUAUUAACAUGCAGGACGCUUAUGGCCGCACGAGCUUGUGUCUGGCAACAUACCUGGGUUGGCUGGAAGGCUGUGUAAGUUUGCUCAGAAAUGGUGCCAAGCACAACAUCCCAGACAAGAAUGGGCGCCUGCCACUGCACGCUGCCACUGCUGAGCCUGACGUGAGGCUCCUCACGGUUCUGUUGCAGCAGUCAAGCCUCAGUGAGAUCAACCACCAGGACAACGAGGGAAUGACACCACUCCACUGGGCAGCUUUCCACAAUCGACCUCAGCACACCCAGAUGUUGUUGAAGAAGGGGGCAGACCCCACGCUGGUGGAUAAAGACUUUAAAACAGCCCUCCACUGGGCGGUCCAGAGCGGAAACAGAAUCCUGUGUUCCAUCAUCCUGAGCCAUCCGCAGGGCCCUUCCAUCAUCAACUACGACGACGAGAGCGGGAAGACAUGUGUCCACAUCGCUGCGGCCGCCGGCUUCAGCGACAUCAUCACAGAACUGGCCCGAGUCCCUGAGUGUCACCUGCAGGCUCUGGAUGUGGAUGACAGGACCCCUCUGCACUGGGCUGCGGCUGCGGGGAAGGCAGAAUGCGUGCAGUCUCUGCUGGAGCUGGGCAUGGACAGCAACCUGCGGGACAUCAAUGAGAGCACGCCCCUGGCCUACGCCCUGUACUGUGGCCACACUGCAUGCGUCAAGCUCCUCUCCCAAGAGAGCAGAACAGAGCCUGCCCAGCUCCUUCCCUCCCAGCACAGUAGACCACAGAAGAAAGAGGGUCGUUUCAGUAUGCUGAACCAAAUCUUCUGCAAAAGCAAGAAGGAAGACCUCAGAGUCCACCAGAAGGAGCACAGCAGGGUCCAGGCCCAAGGAGAGGACACCUCGGAAGUUGAUGACAUCAUCACCACCUUCGACAGCCUCGUGAACUCCAACUGCCAAGAACAGCCCGGGGACCAGGUGGCAAUGGUGGAUCUCAAGAAGAGGACCCCUGAGAAAUCAAAAUAUCUCCUGCCAGAAAAGAAAUCUGUGACCUGCAAGGGGCUUCCACCAAUCAGAACACAGAGCCUCCCCCCCAUUACCCAGGGCAGUCACUUUCUGACAGCUUCCCAUGGAGCCACGUCCCAUGCUGGCCUGAGCUCAGGCCCUCCACCCAUGGCUCAGAGAUCCCAGCAGAGUCGGAGUGAACAGGACUUGCUGAGUCACAGGACUGCCUGUCAUCCCUUGCUGGAUAGCUCUUGGAGGGGUGAUUCUAACCAGGUGUUCUCCUGCAAAGCUUGGACUUUGUCAUCUUCAGACAAGCUGCUGGACAGACUGCUCGCAGGCCGGCCUGGCCACCAGGAGGUCUCAGGGCCACCACAUAUUCCUCUUCGGUCUAUUCAUGAUGAUGGAUUUGAAGGUCAAAAUUUUCAGCAUCUCUCCCCAAACCGACCCAAAAUCAAGGAUUUUCCCUUCACUCGGAGCAACCUAGCUCCCCUACCAGACCAAAAAUUUCUGUCUGGAGAACCACUACGGACAAACCGAGUGCUUCCUGCGAUCCCAAGUCACCGGGGACACUGCGGCGCAGCAGCCGGAGGGAGUGAGCACCAGGACAGUCUCCCCGACGAUGGAGAGCAACCCAGGCCACCAACUGCAGAAGUAUAGAGUAUAUAUAUAUUAUUUUCUGACUUCCAAGAUUAUUCUAGUUUGUGAGAAGAGACUCAUUUUAGUAAUCUGUGUUCAUAGGUCAUUCACAGUUUUAUAACUCAGAAUUCUUGAUCACUAAAUAAAGAUGCUUCCUAAAUCAGCACUUAGGAUCUCUGAAUGUGUGUAUAUUGUUAAGUCUGUGAGUUUCCAUUUUCUCUACAUGGCCCAGCUAGCAAACAGGUUAUGGGAGCAGUGUAUCUCAGCUGUAUCCCUCCAACAGAAUGCACGGCUCUGGGUUCUGCCUUCAGCUGUCUACUAAGGCAGAUUCUACAAGUCAGCAGUGACAGCACAAGGAGUUGGAUUCCUGACACUCAGGUGAGAGGAACCUGAAUUGUGUUCCUAGCUUCUGGCUCCAGCCCUGACCUGGCCCAACCCAGCCCGCUCCCCAACCAUGGCAGGUAUUUAAGGAUUGACCUGGCAAGUGAGAGAAUGCUCUCUUUUUCUCUUUUCUCCUUCUCUUCCACCUGUCUCUCCCUCUCUCUGUCUCUC